AUGACUUUAUGUCAGCUCUUCUUGCAGCCGGAUGCUGCUUACUCUUGUAUAUCUGAAUUGGGAGAACUGGGAAUUGUACAAUUCCGUGACCUGAAUCCAAAUGUAAAUGCUUUUCAACGUAAAUAUGUCAAUGAAGUUCGUCGAUGUGAAGAAAUGGAACGAAAACUUCGAUUCCUCGAAACUGAAAUCAAGAAAGAUGAAUUACCCAUAUACGAUCCCGAAGAUAAUCCAGACGCGCCGAAACCUCGAGAAAUGAUUGAUUUAGAGGCAACAUUCGAAAAAUUGGACCACGAAUUGAAAGAAAUCAACACCAAUGCCGAUGCGCUUCUUCGAAAUUUUAAUGAACUAACUGAAUUGAAACAUAAUCUAACAAUGACACAAAGUUUUUUCGACGAUGCAGAGACGGUGUUCACAUCAGCACGCAAUCGUAACCAGGGGGAUUCGGACGAUGAUCAAGCCAUCUCGCGACCGGGCGGUGUGAUGGAAGAUAUGGGCGAAGAUCGAGAUAUUGAAUUAGGUGGACAAAUGACAACAACCGCAAGUGGAAUGAAACUUGGCUUUAUCACCGGUGUUGUUCCACGUGAACGUAUGGUGGCAUUUGAACGUAUGCUAUGGCGAGUUUGUCGAGGAAAUGUUUUUCUUCGUCAAGCAGAAAUACCUGAAUUGAUUGAAGAUCCAUUGACAGGUGAAAAAGUUCAUAAAACAGUCUUUGUCGUGUUCUUUCAAGGUGAACAACUGAAAAACCGUGUCCAAAAGAUCUGCGAAGGGUUCCGUGCAAAUAUUUAUCCGUGUCCGGAAAAUCCUCAUGAACGUCGAGAAUUGGCGAUGGGUGUAAUGACUCGUCUCGAAGAUCUGACAGUUGUUCUUAGUCAAACUCAAGAUCAUCGACAGCGAGUUCUGGCUGCGACAUCGCGAAAUUUGCGCACAUGGCAAAUCAAGGUGAAGAAAAUUAAAGCUAUCUAUCAUACGAUGAACAUGUUUAACAAUGAUGUGGCAAGAAAAUGUCUGAUUGCCGAAUGUUGGGCGCCUGUUAGCGAAUUGGAUCGAAUUCAAUUGGCACUUCGCAAAGGAUCUGAAGCCAGCGGUGGCGGAACGGUUUCGUCAGUAUUGAAUCGUAUGAUUACUCGCGAGCAACCGCCAACUCAUCAUAAAUUGAACAAGUUCACUCAAGGUUUUCAAAACAUUGUCGACGCUUAUGGUGUUGCCACGUAUCGCGAAAUAAAUCCAAUGCCAUUUGUUCUCAUCACCUUUCCAUUCCUAUUCGCGGUGAUGUUUGGUGAUGCUGGACAUGGUAUCCUUGUUACCGCGUUUGCACUCUGGAUGGUUUUGAAAGAACGUUCAUUGAAAGACAAGUGGAGAAAUCAAGAAGUCUGGACGAUAUUUUUCGGCGGCAGGUAUAUUAUCUUGCUGAUGGGUUUGUUCUCGAUUUAUGCCGGUCUGAUCUAUAAUGACGUGUUUUCGAAAUCAUUAAAUAUCUUCGGAUCAUCGUGGAGAGUUCGAUUCGAUGAUAAGACAUUGGGUAAAGGCGAAGCUGUAACUCUGGAACCAACGCCGUAUCCGUACAAUGACACACGUACUUAUCAACAGAUGUAUUCAGGUACGCCAUAUCCAAUUGGCAUGGAUCCAAUUUGGCAACUGUCGGAAAACAAAAUCACGUUUACCAAUUCAAUUAAAAUGAAAUUUGCAAUCAUUAUCGGAAUUAUUCAAAUGAGUUUCGGUGUUUUUUUGAGUUUAUGGAAUCAUUUACAUUUCAACCAUCGCCAUGCAAUCUAUCUCGAAUUUCUUCCACAGAUUAUCUUUUUGACCAGUAUUUUCUUCUAUUUAAUUGUCUUGAUCUUCUAUAAAUGGACACACUUUGCUGGAGAUACGGCAACGAAUGCACCAUCAUUAUUGAUUCAUUUGAUCAACAUGAUUUUAGUCACCUAUCCCGAUGAACCUGCGAGUUCAAGACAAUUCUAUAGCGGUCAAAAACCAUUCCAGACAUUUUUGAUACUCAUAGCAGUGAUUUGUAUUCCAUGGUUACUCUUAGGCAAACCUAUUUAUCGAAUUAUGAUGAACAAACGACGUGCCCAUAGAGGUGUUGCACUUGAUGUCGAUGUACGCGAUACAGAUACGGACGAAAUGAUUGAUGAUGAACACUUACAUCAACAACAUCACCAAACUGAGGUUGAAAUGAGUGAAGUAUGGGUUGAACAAGGUAUACACACAAUCGAAUACUUUCUCGGCUGUAUAUCUCAUACAGCGUCGUAUUUACGUCUUUGGGCUCUAUCAUUAGCUCAUGCCCAAUUAUCCGAAGUGUUAUGGAACAUGAUUUUCAAGAUUGGAUUGUCAAUGGAUGGAUACGGUGGUUCGAUUGCUUCGUUUUUAGUCUUUAUGCCAUGGUCAUCAUUAACAGUAUUUAUAUUACUUCUAAUGGAAGGACUUUCCGCCUUUCUCCAUGCGUUACGUCUUCAUUGGGUCGAAUUUCAAUCGAAGUUUUAUAAAGGCGAAGGUUAUCCAUUCGUUCCAUUCUCCUUCCGUCUUCUCUUAGACGAAGCUCCUGUCGACACCUAG